GGCUAAUAUUCGGACUGUGCAUUCUCGAUUUUGCGACCAACAAAGCGAUGACCCGUGGCGACCAACGUGACCGCGACCGCGCGAAAGCUCAAGCUCGUGCUGCCAAGGCUGGCGGCGCCGGUGGCCGCAAGGACGACUUGACGCCGCUCCAGCGCCGCGAGGCCGACAAGAAGGCGCUCGAGGAGAAGAUUGCCAAGAAGAAGGCGGCGAAAGAAGGUUCCUCGUAGCCCCCACGCGCUGUAUAGCCCAUAUCAACGUGAAUGUUGAGUUUACCUUAUUACGCGA